CUUAAAAUUCUCUCGUUGGCCAGUACAUAGCAUCAGCAAUCCAGGGUUUAUAUACAUCAUUUAUCCAAACAUAUCUGUCAUCGGGCCAGACACAUCUGUACGGUGGUGGUCCUUCAAACACUAAACGUAUCGUCCAAUGCAACAUAUCUAGCGUGACAAUGCCUGUACAAAGUUUACCGAUUCGAGACUCUGCCUUCCAUGUGCGACUACUGCAUCAAUACUUGAUUCUGCUGAAGAAUUACCCCAUUCUUACCAAAUCUGUGACGAGUGGCAUUCUCUCAGCAAUGGGAAAUCUUCUAUCGCAAGCAUUGGAAGCAAAACGAAAGGCCAAAGAAGGGACCCCAGUGAAGGAGAUUGACAUUUCAGGACCUGCCCGCUUUGCCUUUUAUGGGUUGCUCAUUACUGGGCCUGUAAGCCAUUACUUUUACCAACUUAUGGAGGUGUUGAUGCCUACCACUGUUCCAUACUGCAUGGUGAAACGCUUGCUCUUGGAUCGCCUCGUCUUCGCCCCUGCAUUCCUGCUGCUUUUCUUCUUUGUUAUGAACAUCCUGGAGGGUAAGAGGUGGGCAGACUUCCAGAGCAAAGUGAAUAGUAGUUAUUGGCCUGCCUUGAAGAUGAACUGGAAAGUGUGGACCCCCUUCCAGUUCAUCAACAUCAACUAUGUGCCUGUAGAGUUUCGAGUGCUGUUUGCCAACAUGGUGGCCUUAUUUUGGUAUGCUUACCUUGCGUCUGUGAGGAAGUGAAGACUCCCAAGAUCUUCUCCCUGAUUACUGAAGUAAGAAGGCACAGGGUGUGCCUCUGAAGCUGCAGAACAUUACAAGGACAGGCCUGUGAAUACCAGUGCAGCAAGAUGGUACAACCAGGCAAAUUGACUGGGGUGAUGUGAAGGACUUCACUCGCAUACUACAAAAGUACUACACUAACGAAAUCAUAACACAUCUAAUGGGUUGUUCACAUGCAGAAUAACCGGUAACUGAAAUGUUGAAUGUUAAUUCUUACUACUGAAAUUUCCAAUCUUAAAUUAAUUGUGCCAAGGUGUAUUUUGGUUUUAACAAUGAUAAAUACAUGUUACCUAUUCUUGAUAGAUACAAAUGUAUAUAAUAAUUUAAGAUGAAGCAAAUGUGCUAUAGGAAGUUAAUAUCAGUAACAAUUUCAACCUUGAAUGCAAUUAAUUUAACACCAUAUGAAUAUGCAAUGUUAAGAUUUAUCAGACCAUUGUGUAUAUUGCUGACAAGGCUGGCCUGUAGUUUCCUCAUGUGGACUGCCUUCAGUUUAGUUUGAGUCUCAACUCAACUGUAAAUGUUACUGCUCUUUCUGUCUCUAUCAAGUCAAAUAAGGGAGCAACAGCACAUCGGACUGAAACUGCCAAAGUAUUUUACAUCCUGAUGCAUUUGAUUUAACUGUAUUUUAUAAAUGAAAGCAAAAACCAGUCCA